CGUACAGAACGUCCGUUACGUCAGUGAAGUCGCACAGGCGUGGUACGGGCUCUCAGGAGGGUCAGUUCCCGGCUGUGACGUUGUGAAGCCGAUCCGCUGUAAUACAACAUGCCGGAUAAAGAAAUCGCCUUUGAAGAAGAUGACCUGCAGUUUGAGGAGGAGAUCCUGCGGAAUCCCUAUUCUGUCAAGUGCUGGAUGCGAUAUAUAGAAUCCAAGUCAUCCGCAUCGGCUCAUACCCUAAACUUAAUCUAUGAGCGAGCACUCAAGGAGCUGCCGGGAAGCUACAAGUUGUGGUAUGCCUAUCUAAAGCAGCGGAGGAAGCAGGUGAAGAGGAAAUGCAUCACUAAUCCGGCUUUCGAGGAGGUGAAUAAUUGCCAUGAGCGAGCUCUGGUCUUCAUGCACAAGAUGCCCCGCAUUUGGCUGGAUUAUUGCCAGUUCCUCGUGGACCAGUGUAGAAUCACCCGCAGUAGGCGAACAUUUGACCGGGCACUUCGUGCUCUUCCCAUCACCCAGCACCAUCGCAUCUGGCCCCUUUACUUACGCUUUGUCCGUGCACACCCCCUGCCAGAGACUGCCGUCAGGGUUUACAGGAGGUACUUAAAGCUAUCGCCUGAGAACGCGGAGGAGUACAUAGAGUAUCUACGUUCUGUCGAUAGAUUGGAUGAAGCGGCUUCCAGAUUGGCAGCCAUUGUAAACCAAGACGACUUUGUAUCAAAGGAAGGAAAGUCGAAUUAUCAGCUAUGGCAAGAGCUGUGUACACUUCUGUGCCAGAACCCCAGUUCCAUCCGCUCCCUUGACUCGGCAGCCAUCAUCCGAGGCGGCUUGACGCGCUUUACAGACCAAAGGGGCAAGUUGUGGUGUGCGCUCGCUGAAUAUCAUACACGCAGUGGCCAUUUUGAAAAGGCUCGAGAUGUCUACGAGGAGGCCAUCCAGACCGUCACCACUGUACGAGACUUCACUCAAGUGUUCGACAGCUACGCUCAGUUUGAAGAAAGUAUCAUUGCUGCCAAAAUGGAAACAGCCAGUGAGCUGGGGAAAGAAGAGGAGGGUGACCUAGAUCUGGAGCUGAGAUUGGCUCGCUUUGAGCAGCUGAUGGAGAGGAGACCCCUUUUACUCAAUGGGGUGUUACUGCGACAGAACCCACACAAUGUCCAUGAGUGGCACAAAAGGGUGCAGCUGUAUCAAGGCAAGCCGCGAGAGAUUAUUAACACAUAUACAGAGGCUGUGCAGACUGUGGUUCCUGCAAAGGCUACUGGGAAACCGCACUCCUUGUGGGUGGCGUUUGCCAAGUUCUAUGAAGACAAUGGACAGAUAGAGGAUGCUCGGGCGAUUCUGAAGAGGGCGACCCAGGUGCAGUACACACAUGUGGAUGACUUGGCCUCGGUUUGGUGCCAGUUUGGUGAGAUGGAGCUGAGACAUGAGAAUUACGAGGAGGCGCUGACUAUAUUGAGGAAAGCCACGGCGGUACCUGCCCGCAAGGCUGAAUACUUUGAUGCCUCAGAGCCAGUACAGAACCGACUGUACAAGUCCCUAAAAGUCUGGUCUAUGCUGGCCGACCUGGAAGAGAGUCUGGGAACCUUCAAGUCCACGAAGGCCGUGUACGAUCGCAUUAUCGACCUCCGCAUCGCCACCCCACAGAUAAUCAUCAAUUACGCCCUCUUCUUGGAAGAACACAACUACUUUGAAGAAAGUUUCAAGGCCUACGAGCGCGGCAUCGCCCUGUUCCGGUGGCCCAACGUGUAUGACAUCUGGAGCACUUACCUGUCUAAGUUCAUCGCUCGGUAUGGCGGUAAGAAGCUGGAGAGAGCCCGGGACCUCUUUGAACAAGCCCUGGAUGGUUGUCCUCGAAAGUUUGCAAAAAAUAUAUUUCUACUGUAUGCAAAACUGGAGGAAGAGCACGGUCUGGCCCGGCAUGCCAUGGCUUUGUAUGAGCGAGCAACACAGGCGGUGGAACCGGCAGAGCAGUACGAGAUGUUCAACAUAUACAUCAAGAGGGCGGCUGAGAUUUAUGGCGUCACGCACACCCGCAGCAUUUAUGAGCGAGCCAUUGAGAUUUUGCCAGACGACCAGGCCCGGGAGAUGUGUCUACGCUUUGCCGAUAUGGAGUGUAAACUAGGAGAGAUUGACCGCGCCCGAGCUGUGUAUUCCUACUGCUCUCAAAUGUGUGAUCCCCGGUUGACAUCAGGGUUUUGGCAGACCUGGAGAGACUUUGAGGUACGGCACGGCAACGAGGACACGCUGCGCGAGAUGCUGCGGGUCAAGCGAAGUGUACAAGCCAAGUACAACACGCAGGGGACCUUCCUCGUGUCUCAGAGGCUGAGGGCCGAAGGAGUAGGCGCCAGUGAGGACAGCAAAGAAGCAGUGGAUGACAUGCAGGCUCUGGAGCAGAGAGCAGCCGUGGUGGCCGCAGAGGCAGCGAAGGAUAAACCUCAGAUGAAGGAGAAGAUCCUAUUUGUCAGGUCCGACGCCUCCCGUACAGAACUAGCAGAACUGGCGCUUCAGAAUAAUCCAGACGAGAUCAACAUAGGAGAUGAGGAUUCAGAAGAGGACAUGGAGCCCGAUGAAGUGCAGCUGGAGCAGAAAUCGGUUCCUUCUUCGGUAUUCUCUGGUCUCGCCGAUGACUGAACCCAAUUCACACCAUACAACCUUUCUUUCUUUCUUUCUCUCUUUGACCCAACACAAUAAAAAAAACACAACACCACAUUUUUUUUUUCAUUCUCCUUGAUUGUUUUUUUUUUUUUUAUAUACAAAUAAUUGCAAAAUCAUUUAAUAUAGAUAUUUAUAAUAAAUCUGUAUGUAUAUUAUAAAUACAUGUGGCGGGGCAGCUUGUCCUCAGUUAUGGAGUCCAGACUCGCUGAGACAGUGCCACCUACAAUUCAUCCAUGUUAUCUGCAGUAUGUUUUAUAAAUAGUGUACGAUGCGUCGCUUGAAUUCUGUGGGGGUGUGACCUUAAUCCUCAGGGGCAGGGCUUAGAUGAACAUGUAGAUAUUCCUCCCUCCCCCAAGGGGCCCCAAAAUGCCUAUUUUAUUUAAACCCUUCAACCAAUGUAUAUGUCAAAGCAAGUACAGGGAGCUCUUUAGGUUUUACAUGUCUAAGCAGCAGAAUAACAUACCUGGCUUGAGACUAUUUCUGUUUAAGUGAUACAAGAACCUACCUGCUGUAUUACAAAGUGUGCUUGUGCAGAACAUGGUCGCCCACACUACAGUUCUUAUACUGUCAUAGUUUGUGCUGACCAUAAAGGACAUAUUAUAAAAGCUACAAUUAUAUUGGAUCAAAUUAAACAAUAGCAAGAUGCUUUGGGCUGGUAGAAGAACCACAAGUCUCAGCAUCCUCUACGAGUGGCAGGGUGCAACAAUAUAUCUACCACUGUAGCAGAAGUCAUAGCUUAUACAUACGGGAGAAGGGUUUCUUGAGAUAACUUUAAAAAAGUUUUCUGCCGGAGUACCCCUUUAUCAACUGGUACCAGAAAGUUAAACAGAUUUGUAAAUUACUUCUAUUAAAACAAAAACUUAAUUCUUCCAGUACAUAUUACCAGCUGUAUACUACAGAGGA